ACACCUGCUUCCACACCUGCCACAAAUUGGGUUCGCCCCCCCCCCCCCCCUUGGAGCCCCGCCAGGCCCAGCACACCACCGCGGCGAGACUCGUGUUGGCCAAGAAUAGGACGUGGAAACAGAGACGUGCAGCCACCACCAGCACCAUGGGUAAGAAAAGCAAUGCAAAGAAAGGUCCCCACCGCAGCUCUGGCCCGGCCAAGCUGCUGCCUCACACCAGAGGGGAACUGACUGCCAUCGUGGAUAAUGUAUUCAAACGAUGCACCAAGGUUCCACCGGCCACGACCCCCAGCCCAGCACAGGAGUGGGCGGAGCACAUGGAAAUCUACAAGCUUAUUGAGAAGAUCAGGGAAUUAGAAAAAGACAUUCAGCUGCCACAGUAUUCUCGACUGGAGCAAGUAAUUCCUUUUAUGGCCUGGCUCAAAGAGAAAGAUAUCACUAUGACAGGUGUGGAGGUGGCAGAUUAUGGGCCAAUGGGGCUGGGCCUGAAGGCUUGUAGGGAUCUGAAGCAAGGGGAGGAGGUGAUCGUGGUGCCCAAGGAGGCCAUGAUUACUGAGGAGACGGCCAGGAAGUCCUACCUCGGUCCCUUGAUUGAGCGUGACCCCAUACUCCAGCACAUGGGCAAUGUUUGUCUGGCGCUGCAUGUUCUGGGGGAGUUUGUCAACCCCAAUUCCCCCUGGCAGCCCUACCUCCGUCUCCUGCCAGCCUCCUACCCCACCACCCUUUACUUCACCCCAGAGCAGUACCAAGCACUGAAGGGUUCACCCGUCCUGGAGGAGGCUGUGAAACAGUUUCGUAACAUAGCACGGCAGUACUCGUAUUUCUACCGCAUCCUGCAGUCGUCCCCGGAGGCCAAGAGCUGGCCCAUCAGGGACUACUUCACCUUCGAUGCCUACAGGUGGGCUGUGUCAACAGUGAUGACCCGGCAGAACCGCAUCCCCAUGGCUGGUGGGAGUGGCCAGCUGGCCCUCAUCCCUGCUUGGGACAUGGCCAACCAUGAGCAAGGGAUUUACUCCACCGACUGCGAUGAAGAAGGCCAGGGUUGUCGGUGUCUGGCCCAGCGUGACUUCACUGCCGAGGAACAGUUCACCAUCCACUACAGUCAGCGAGCCAACACUGAGCUCUUCCUCCACAACGGCUUCACAGACCCAGACAACAAGAAUGACAGUCUUCCCAUCAAGUUGGGAGUGAGUAAAAAUGACCCGCUGCACCAGGAGAAGGUGGCCCUCCUGGCCUCCCUGGGGCUGCCUGCUGCUGGGGCCUUCAUGCUGGUGCCCGGCCUCCACCCUGUCUCUCCGGGCCUCCUUGCCUUCACCAGGAUAUUCUGUAUGGAUAAAGACUCUCUGGCCAAGUGGAAGGAAGACGGGGAGAAAGCGCGUGGCUUGCUGCAUGAAGACUGUGACGUGGGCACCACUGUGGAAGACAAGACCUGGGCCUUCCUGCAUACCCGUGUGACCCUCCUCACCAGGGCUUACCCCACCACUCUGCAGGAAGAUGAAGCUUCACUGAAGGAAGCCUCAGAGCUGGAUGCCCUCCUGCGGUCUCAGCUGAUGUGUGAGAAGAGAAUCUUGAAGGACGCUGCUGCCUACCUUGCCUCGCGCACCACGAAGUGAGUGGUGGCACCAGCAGCAGCAGCAGCAACAAGGUCGAACUGAAAAGGACUUGUUAAAACUUGCACAACUUGAUUUGCUUUGCAAGAUCUUCAGCCUACAGGACUAUUAUGAAUGAUGACGUGAUGACACUAUUUAUCUGUUUGGUACUGAUUACAUUUUUCAAAAAAUAUAGUUUUUACUCAGCAAAUUAUUUGCCUGUCACUGCCAAGAGUCUGCUAGGUGAGGAAGAAAACAUGAAUGGUAAAUGCUUAUUGUUCCAGCAGUGUUCACAUUUCCUGUGAGAAAAAUCAUCAGCAACAUUGUCUAUUUAAUAAACCAUUACAAAAGACCUAUUGUUCUUAGUAAAUGUUCUGAUCUUAUUCUCGGUGCUUGUUUUGCCAGUUUUCCUUUUUCUUAUUAAUUUUGUGGUCCUUAUCUGCCAGUAGACCAAAUCCAAUGCUGGUCAUGGUGCAGGAAGCAUGCUGCUGGUGAGGGGGGUUGCUGCAAUGCUUCAAAUGUGUAUACUUUUUAAUUUAUUGUAACUAUUUAGGUAUUAAAUAACUAACAUUUCAUCAACAAACCAUUUCCCACAGCACCUGUGAGGGAAUUUUCUGAGAACAUGGAAGAGAAAGCAAAGAUGGAAAGAUAAGCCACUAGAGUUACCCAAACUGUUUUCAGAACUUCCUUCUUCCUUCCUUUUUGGAAAUACGAUUUUUUUUAUUUAUUUAUUUUAUUUUUUAUUUUUUUUUAUAGCAGAGUUGAACAGGAUGCUAGAGGCUGCUGUAUGCUGGGAAGGAAGACCUUUACCGUCCUACUAACAACAACAUAUAUAUACUGCCUGAUGCUAUAUACUGCCAAUGUGAAGAUGCUAAUAAAAAAAGUGGGAGGAAGUGACAUGAAAGGCACAAUGCUUCAUGUUGAGUGGCCUAUCAUGUUUCCUCACACUUGGAUACGUCUUUCAACCAGAGGGCAGUGAUGUUUCUCAAGAAGUUUCUGUUCGAGUCCCAAAGAUGAUUUUUCCGAGUAUGAGGACUAGAGAAGGAGAGAGGUGUGCAUGGUUACAUUGAAAAGCAAGACAAUAAAACCUUAACCCGUCCGCUGCAAUUGACAUGGAUUUGGGUUUCACUGGUAGCCUGGUAACAUAUACUCCCAGGUCUUUCUCUGCCUCUGUGGUGGAUAGUGGAGUGUUUCCCAUGUGGUAUUGGUAUGCUGGAUAUCCUCCCAAGGUUCAUGACUUUACAUUUUUCUUCCUUGAAUUGUAGCAGCCACUUUUUGUUCCAUUCCUGUGGCUUGGUGAUGUCUUCUUGUAGGAAAUUUGCAGUCAAGGGGUUAAUUGAUAAAAUGCAGAAAGAAGAAAAAUACCUUACAUCAUAGUUUAAUUUGCACUUUAUUAUUUCUCGAGGGGUCAUUUUCCCAGCUUUUUGUACAAUGCUUAAUGAGUAAAAGGGUAAAAAAAAGCUGUGAUACAAUAGCCUAGUAUAAUGUCAGAAUGGCUCUCCCGUUCCACAAGAAUCUCUGCCAUUCUUAGAGUUCAUGGCUCCUGGGUCUAUAAGGACUCAACCUGCCUGGCUCACAAUCAAAAGAACCCAGGCUAGAAUUUGGAUAAAGUGCUGAUUUUACCCGGCACUAUGGUCCAAGUACACCCUUAUUAUAGCAUGGGGGCUGCUAAUUUCCUGUGCGUGGGACAAUGUAAUAGAGACAGGCUUAUAGUAGUGGAACUGUGCAUGGCCUAGACUACCUAUGAAGUCCUAUAUCUACCUCUGUAUUGAAAAAAAAGCCGAGGAGGGCAUAUUUCAUUCUAAUAUGGUAAUUAAGACUAUAAGCCUUAACUGGAUAUAUCAUAAUUCAAUCAUUCAUAAUAAUCAUCAGUCAAUCAUAAUGUGUUUAUUAAAAAAAAAACUGAGGCAUAGCUUGUACCGGUAACAAUUAACUCAUUACUGUACACAUUAAUGUUUCUCGCGGGGAAUCAGAGCAAUAUAUACAAAUGGGAAAGAAGGAAGCAUGAUAUAUAAAAAAAGUGGACCGCAGCACAGGACAGAAAAAAAAGAAGUUACGAAAUUUUUUAGCCCAACAACAAACUCGAACUCGGAGUGACCCAACAUUGCUAGAUUGUCGUACUCUGCCUCUUAUGUUUGCCGAUUUCCGACCCAAAAACUGCCUUCAUCACCCAAAUAUCUGCCUUAAUAUAUAGUUAUCGUUUAAAUGGUUAAUUAUUGGUGUUUCUUGGCAACAGUUAUGGGCCAGAAACCGGUAAAUACGCGGCUCUGUGUACGAUUAUCCGGCAACCUUGACUCAAACUCGGGACAGUAAACAAAACAAAUCGGUGAUGGCGGGUUGCUUGCUGCGCGGGGCUUCUUAUUUUGUGUUAUUUUUGCGGUUUAUCACUCGUGUCGGUGCCUGAAAAGCUGUGGAAUAGUACCGGAAAGUGUGGACGUUAUUUUGAGUUGGUUUUCAUCUCCCCAACUAACUGCAGCUGCUCCAAAUCAAGGUGGCCGUGAGGAGUGUGGGCAGACGCUGGGUUGAGAGGUCACAUGAGGACUAUUGGAGGUAAGGUCAGGUAUCGACUUUAGGACACGGUGGACUGAACCCUGAAACCCCAUUGAGUCCUUAUGUGAUCCUCCAGCUAGCGCCCCCUUCACCACCACCACCACUACCACCUCGCCUUCAGGCCUCGCCCCAUGCAACGGAGGUAAGUUAAAUGUGUGUUGAGUUGUUUUAUUCUGCUUACCUAUGCUGUGUUAGCCUGUUUCUUCCUGCUGUGUUAUCCUGUUCCCUGCUGUUGUGUUAUACUGCUCCCUACUCCUGUGUUAGUCUGCUCAUUUCUGUUUUUCUCUCCAGUCAGCUUAUCAUUCAGACUUCAUUAUUUUUUUAUCUGUGCUCACGCCUGCUCAUUUGCCUUGUUCUAUAUUGUUCCUUACUGGUGUGUUAUAUGGUUUCCUUGCUGUUCAUCCUCCCCCUCGGGCUGAUCGAUAUUUGGGUACCUGGGGAAACUUAGGAAAGGUAAUUAUGGUAGCCCGGAUGUCACGCGCCACACUAUCAAGGGACAUAGGUCGUUUUAUAAGACAUUUCGCCGCCCAAGAGCACAUAUUUGACAACCCUUUCGUAGGAGUUGUGGGCAUUUCCAGGAGUAGCUUAAUGACCCUGGUGGUAGUUUGACCCUUCCUCUGUACCGUGAACCUAAAGAAACACAUAUUUGACAACCCUUUCGUAGGAGUUGUGGGCAUUUCCAGGUGUAGCUUAAUGACCCUGGUGGUAGUUUGACCCUUCCUCUGUACCGUGAACCUAAAGAAACACAUAUUUGACAACCCUUUCGUAGGAGUUGUGGGCAUUUCGAAGUGUAGCUUAAUGACCCUGGUGGUAGUUUGACCCUUCCUCUGUACCGUGAACCUAAAGAAACACAUAUUUGACAACCCUUUCGUAGGAGUUGUGGGCAUUUCGAGGAGUAGCUUAAUGACCCUGGUGGUAGUUUGACCCUUCCUCUGUACCGUGAACCUAAAGAAACACUCAUUGGAAUCCGACUGACCCCCUCUUUGACCUUUAGAAAUAGCUGAUGCGAGAAGCGAAACUGUCUUGUAAUAUCGACCUUUGUGACGGAGAUGAGCACUGAAGCCAUGCGCAACUUAAGUGUAUACCCCAACCUUGCCUUUAGCAUAUGCCUCCACUGUCCACAGAGUAUCGAGAUUCUAAGGGAGGAAAAUAAAGGCGGAAAAUAUUUGAUGACAAGGAAAAGAUCUUAAAGGAAACGAGCCUGUUGAAUUUUACGUUUAUUAAAGCCAGACACGUUUUUAUGAAGUACUACAGCGAUAAUAACGCAUGUGGUUCGCAAACCCAACAGCAAGGACGGCAGCAUUUUAAAUCCCAUCCUACCCUCGACAACCCCACCACAGCCACACACACUCAUCGGUAAUAAUAAAAAAUAAUAAUAGUGCUAAUCAUUAUAAUCGUGGGACCAGGUACAGGCGCCUCAGGUAACAGGUAACAGGUGUGUGUGUGUGUGUGUGUGUGUGUGUGUGUGUGUGUGUGUGUGUGUGUGUGUGUGUGUGUUAGGGGGGGCGAGGUUCCUGAUUCACCCACACACACAUUUCUCUCUCUCUCUCUCUCUCUCUCUCUCUCUCUCUCUCUCUCUCUCUCUCUCUCUCUCUCUCUCUCUCUCUCUC